AGUAUCGCACUGAUGUAAGGUGCGCACACAUAGCGACAUAACUUAAAACAUUGACAUUCGAGAAUCAUUUAAGUGUUUUUGUCGUAGUUAUUGACCUUCAUCGUAAUAUAAACUGGUAAAAUAUCGCAAAAUCUACGCCAGAUGGAAUGUUUCAUCUUUAUAACUGAAUGACGGCAAAUUAUCUUAUCGCAAGGAAGGGAUAAUAACAGUAAAUAGAGUUGUAUCAAAGUUAGUUUUCAUUGAACUUAAGUGUUAUUUAAUGGAAUGCAAUUACUUUUUUUAAUGAAAACAAUAAAAUUGUGAAAAAUCGAUUUAUCUCAACUUAUCAAGAGUAUUAAAUAAUUAUGGUUAUGGAAAUCAUGGAAAAUAUAACUGCACCUGAACCACAUUGGAUAUUAGAUCAAGCUGAAUCUGGAUCAAUGUAUUGGAGAAGGGAUCCAGCUGAAAAUAAAGCUAGAGUGAGAUUCCGUUACGAUGUUGAAAUACGAGAAUUCUACAGGAACGAUCAUGAAUUGGAAGAAAUCGAAUGGCCAGAAAAACAAUUAACACCGGCGCAUAAUACCUUAACAACAAUGAGUAUGACCUUAUUUUGUAUAGCCGUUACAGUUUUACUUCCAUGGUACAUAAUGGGAGUUAAUUAAUUUAUACUCCCAUUAUUAUUUUCUACUUACAAUAAAUUAAAAAAUACAGUGACUUUUAUCUGUGAUGCUACCUGACAAUUGAAAAAAAAAACGUUUUGUGUUUAAAUAGGUUUAAUUAUAAUUUAUUGUUGUGAAUGUUCCUAUUUUAUAAUAAGGAGAAAUCGUGAAUGUAAUAAUUAUUUUUGUAAAUUAAUGUUAAACAUAAAAAUGUUUUUUAAAAUAUAUAUGUUGAGAUUG